GCAAAUAUUUUUUUAGUAAGUCGAAAGCAAUUUCCAUAUGCCAUUAAUUAUGAUAGAAGUUUGCAGACUAUGAAAAUAAACAUAAUGAUGAUUAAAUCAAAAUCAUUUCUGCUUAGCAGCUUUAUACUUGGAAUAUGUGGGAACAUCGGCCUUACUUUUGGUUUAGUAGAACAACAGAAUGUUUCAGAAAGCAAAAUAACCAAAACAGAGUCUCAGGGUAAACAAUUCGAUUAUAUGCGGUUGGAGGACGAACCAGUGACUCGUGGCUUACUUUAUCCACGGGCAUCGGAGACCCGGGAAGUACUAACGCUUGAUGGGAUUUGGCGUUUUUUAAGGUCAGACAUUAAUGAUCCUAUGGAGGGAGUACGCAAUAGUUGGUACCAAGAUGAUUUAGAUAAGGUGAAACCAACACGGCCAAUGCCAGUACCCUCCAGUUACAAUGAUGUGAGUGCAGAAAAUGAAUUGCGUGACCACGUCGGAACAGUAUGGUACGAAAAAAAAAUUUUUGUCCCACAUUCAUGGAACAUCGAUCAACGUAUUUGGUUACGUUUUGGUAGUGUCCACUAUGCUGCCAUUGUCUGGGUGAACGGGCAACAGGUAAUGUCUCAUGCCAUUGGCCACUUACCAUUCGAAGCGGAAAUAACACGUGAGGUAAAGUUUGGUGCUGAAAACAGAUUAACGCUUCUUUGCGACAACACACUUUUGAACACAACGAUUCCACAAGGGAAAAUUCUUGAGGAGGAAAGUGAUAACGGCAAGGUAGUGGUCCAACAAUAUACCUUCGACUUUUUCAAUUAUGCUGGCAUACACCGCACAGUUCAUCUGUAUACCACACCGACUGUUUUUAUUGAAGAUAUUAAAGUAUCAACCGAUUUGGUUAAAAGCCACGUUGGAGUUGUACACUAUGAAGUAAUCGUGAAUGGUGUUGCGAAAAAAUCCGUAAUUUAUGACCCACCUAUUGAGCCACUUUAUAUUCAUGCGCAAUUACGCAACAAAGAAGGAGAAAUUGUAGCCCACAGCGUAGCCAAAACUUCGUUCAAUGGUACGAUGAUGGUAAAAGAUGUCAUGCCAUGGUGGCCGUACUUAAUGCAUCCAGAGCCUGGUUAUUUAUACACCUUGGAAAUAUAUUUGCACGCUGUGGAUGAAUCUCUACUAGAUGUAUAUCGUAUGAAAAUCGGCAUUCGCACACUAAAAUGGAAUAAUUCUAGUCUGCUUCUAAAUGAUGCCAAUAUUUAUUUGCGAGGGUUUGGACGUCAUGAGGAUUCUGAUAUCCGAGGGAAGGGAUUUGACUUUGCAUUGAUGACACGUGACUUUAAUUUAUUAAAAUGGAUUGGAGCGAACGCAUAUCGUACUUCACAUUAUCCCUAUUCCGAAGAAUCUAUGCAAUUCGCAGAUGAAUUUGGUUUCAUGAUCAUAGAUGAGUGUCCGGGCGUUAAUGCAGACAUUUACGAACCUUUGUUGUUACGGAAUCAUAAAUCCUCACUGGAACAACUAAUACAUCGAGAUCGCAACCACGCAAGUGUAGUUAUGUGGUCCAUAGCAAAUGAACCGCGCUCUGCUCAUGCUCAAGCUGAUAAAUAUUUCAAAAUUCUGUCGAAUUAUACGAAAACAAUGGAUCCAUCGCGACCUAUCACUGCCGCUUUAAACGUUGAUGCCAAAGCGGAUAAACUGGCAAAAUAUCUGGAUAUUAUAAGUUUUAAUAGAUAUAAUGCGUGGUACCAAAACGCCGGCCACUUAGAUAUGAUUACAAAACGUGUUGAAGAGGAGGCAAAUCUAUGGCGUGAAAUGCAUAAUAAGCCCGUCAUAAUGACAGAAUACGGGGCGGACACUUAUGAAGGAUUGCACUCCUUGCCAUCAUAUAUUUGGUCUGAAGAUUACCAGCGAUCACUGCUUAGCAAACACUUUAAAGCCUUCGAUAACCUAAGAUCUCAAAAGUGGUUUAUUGGAGAAUUUUUGUGGAAUUUCGCUGACUUCAAAACGGCUCAAUCUUUUACACGUGUUGGAGGCAAUAAAAAGGGUGUUUUCACUCGUAAUCGACAACCUAAAUCUGCAGCGUAUCUACUUCGUCAACGUUACUACAGUUUAGCCGUUGAAUUAGAUCAAUGCGAGACACCUCAGGACGUUUUUGAUUACAUUAUAAACUGGCAAGAGAAGCCACCUUUCAUAAGAGAUUAUGAAGAUUUAUAAUAAUUCUGCAGUCUGUAAAAAUUUAAUCAAUUAUGUACAUAUGUAUGAUAUGAAACCUAUAGUAAAACACUGAAAGUACUUAUUAAUAUAAUCAUUUUUUGU